UAUCUAUGUUUUCCCAAAUUCCAAGUGGGUUCUUGUGAGUUGCAGUUGGGUUCUUGGGAAACUUGUAGUUUUGCACAAUACUGUCAUAAAAAGAAAAAGAAAAAAAGACUUGGUCUUUGAAACCUCAUUUUGGGUUUUUCUUGAGUCUAUGAUAAGGGCGAAUCUUUUCACUGACACUCAACAAAUUUCAGAUUUUUAUUUUUUGAAACUUUUGAGAUAUAACGCUUGCUUUUUAAUUUUCUGAUUUUGUUUUUAAUCAUAAAAAAGGGUAAUUUUUUUUUUUUCGAAACUAAUUUUGGGGUUUGCAUUUUAGUAGAAUUAUACCUAAAAGAUUUAAUCUUUGCAUGUUUUUGAUGGAUCUCUGGUAGCUUUUGGAGUGAAAGAAUGGAUCUUUGAUCAGAGUCAAGUCAGGCUCAUCUAUUCCUUUGGCUUAGUAAUUUUUACUAGUGCAGAACUGUGUUGUUCAUUUGAAUUAGAUCGUUGCCAAAUAGGGAGUUUGGUUUUGAAUUGAUGGUGGUUUAUGAUUCUAUAAAUCAGGUUUAAAAUCCAAAAAAGUCUGGUAUUUUAGGCUGCUUUAGCCUUUAGGACCAUUUGUACUUGGAAUUUUAAUUGCACAAGCAAUGGGUUUAUGGUCACUGGUCAUCCUUUAAGUUAAGUGGAAUAUAUAAUUUCAUUGAAGAGAUAUUCACAUUACAUUUACAUCUGGGGCUAUUGGCUUCCUUGGAGUAAAUGUCGUUCCGUAGCCUAGUUCGUGAUGUAAGGGAUGGAUUAGGUAGCUUAUCGAGGCGGAGUUUUGAGGUGAGGCUGCCAGGGCAUCACAGGGGGAAAUCACAUGGAUCAGUCCAUGAGUUGCAAGAUCAGCCUUUGGUUAUCCAGAACAGCCGUUGGGCUAGCCUUCCACCUGAGCUUUUGCGUGAUGUGAUCAAACGAUUGGAGGCAAGUGAGAGUACAUGGCCUGCUCGUAAGAAUGUUGUUGCGUGUGCUGCUGUCUGCAGGUCAUGGAGGGAAAUGUGCAAAGAAAUUGUUAGAAAUCCUGAAUUCUCUGGGAAGAUUACUUUCCCCGUCUCCCUGAAGCAGCCUGGCUAUAGGGAUGGACCCAUUCAAUGCUUCAUUAAGAGGGACAAAUCAAAUUUAACUUACCACCUUUUUCUUUGUCUUAGCCCUGCUUUGCUUGUUGAAAAUGGGAAAUUUCUUCUCUCUGCAAAACGGACCCGGAGAACAACUUGCACGGAGUAUGUGAUUUCCAUGGAUGCUGAUAACAUUUCAAGAUCAAGCUGCACUUACAUUGGAAAACUCAGGUCAAAUUUUCUGGGCACCAAAUUCAUUAUAUAUGAUACACAGCCACCCUAUAACAAUGCUCAGCUGUCUCCGCCUGGCCGAAGCCGUAGGUUCUACUCGAAAAAAGUUUCUCCGAAGGUCCCCACUGGCAGCUACAACAUUGCCCAGGUCUCGUAUGAGCUCAAUGUGCUAGGCACUAGGGGACCACGCAGGAUGCACUGCGCAAUGCAUUCAAUACCUGUCUCAUCAGUUGAGCCAGGUGGCUGUGUUCCUGGCCAACCUGAGCUCCUCCCUCGUUCCCUUGAAGACUCAUUUCGUAGUAUUUCCUUUUCGAAGUCAAUUGAUAACUCGACUGAGUUUAGCAGCUCCAGGUUCUCUGAUAUUAUUGGGCCUCGUGAUGAAGAUGAGGAGGGAAAGGAGAGACCAUUGGUUCUCCGAAACAAGGCACCGAGAUGGCACGAACAGUUGCAGUGUUGGUGCCUGAACUUCCGUGGGAGGGUGACUGUUGCAUCCGUCAAGAACUUUCAGCUAAUUGCUGCAAUACAGCCUGCUCCUGCUGCCGCUGCUGCUGCUGCUGCCGGCACACCGAUGCCAUCACAGCCAACCCAAUCUGACCAUGACAAGAUUAUUCUGCAGUUUGGUAAGGUUGGGAAGGAUAUGUUUACCAUGGAUUACAGAUAUCCUCUGUCAGCAUUUCAGGCUUUUGCCAUUUGCUUGAGCAGCUUUGACACCAAAUUGGCAUGUGAAUAGAAGACGACAGACAUAAUGGUGAGAAAUAGAAAAUUUAGUUAGUAAUGUCUUAUUUUAUUUUAUAUUUCUUUUGUAGGGUUUUAUAGGAUGGGGUGGUUGUAUGAAGUCAUUGUAAUCCUCAAUGCCCUACUAACAAUACACGCAACAUUCCCACCUGUUAUCUUUUUUCUUUGCUUUGUAUGAUUCCAUUAUCUGUCUUUGUUGUUAAAAACUUACGCUUAUAUUAACAAUUUGCUAUUGAAAGUUGUUUGUUUCGUA